AUGAAGCUAAUCCAGGGCGUCCCGGGGGAAAGAAGAGAUACUCAUGAGGGCGACAAUGCGGCGGAGAACCAGGAAGAAACGCAGAUAACACACAAGCUGUUCCGGCCGGCGCCCGCCAAAACGGCGGCGCCGCUGGGCGCGCCGGCCGCGCUGUCGCAGCUCAACAAGCGCCGCCUGGAGUUCGGCGUCGACGUGGAGACGUUCCGCGCGCGCCGCGACCACGAGGAGGAGGGCAAGCGGCGCCGGCGCCUGCUGGACGAGGAGCCGCGGCGCCGCGCACCCGCCCCCGGCGCCCCCGCGCCCGCCGCCGCCGCCUGGCCGCGCGACCUCGCGCACUACAGCGACGACGCCGACGAGCCCAACGGCUACGACCACAUGUUCGACGACAAGCGCUCCGACCGCAUGCUGCCCUCCUCGCCCUCGCCCUCCUCCGACAGCGGCGACCACUCCCCGCGCAGCUACUCCAUGCCGCCCAACGACGACCAGAACCACGUCCCGAGCGACACCGAGACCCACCAUCAGAAAAUAGUCAAAUCCGAGAGAGAUCGCAGCGACGACGAGUACCCGACGAAGCACAACAAAUACGCGUCGCAGUACGAUGGACCCAACUUCGACGAGCUGGUGGACUCGUCGUCCAACGAGCUCGAGAUCGACAUGUCGGAGCGGCAUGACGAGGAGGGGCGGCGGCGCGAGGCUAUGUGCGUCAACAAGCAGUCGCUGUACAGCGCGUACAAGGCGGCCACGGCGGCGCUGCCCUACUCCAGCGCGUCGGCCUUCAAGCCGCCGGCGGAGGUGAAGCACCGGCUGGCCGCGCCGCCGCACGAGCCCUUCGGCGGCUACUCGGGCGAGCGCAGCAAGCAGUACACGGUGCUGCAGCCCGCGGGCGCCGGCUCGCGCGCCGCCACCGCGCUGCACGAGGCGCGCGCCGUGCCCAGCGCCACGCCGCGCCCGCUGCCCGCCGCCUCGCCGCCCAACAGAGAAGGCAACAAGUGUCCGACUCCCGGCUGCAAUGGGCAGGGCCACGUCACCGGCCUCUACACACACCAUAGAAGUCUGUCAGGAUGCCCAAGAAAGGAUAAAGUCACACCGGAAAUAUUGGCGCUUCACGAGACGAUCUUGAAGUGUCCGACGCCUGGUUGCAACGGCCGCGGUCACGUCAGCUCCAACCGGAGCACGCACCGGUCGCUCUCGGGCUGCCCCACUGCCGCCGCACGCAAGGCAGCCGCGAGGUCCCAGAGGAACAGGCAACCCACAACAGUCCCGCUCACGACGCCCGUAUCAGUGGCGAGCGAGAGCACAACCGGCAGCGUAUCGAGCGGGCGCGAGCAAGCGGCGUCACCAGGAGUGAAGCGGGAGCCAGAGCUGGUGGUGCCCAAGAGAGAGGCGACGGAGCCCGAGCGCGACUCCUCGCCCGUUGCCAUGGAGACGCGCCACGCGGGCUACGGCGCGCCGCCGGACCAACGCUCCAGUUACGAGCGGCCGCCCGAUGAUCAUGUGCGCUCCUAUAGCCAAAUGAACGACGCCCGCUACUACGAGUCCCGAUGCUACGAGGGCGCGCCUGCCUUCGAGCGGUACGACCCGGCGCAGUGCCCGCAGCGGCCCUACGGCUGGGAGGACGAGCGCUAUCACGACCCUCACCUUCCCACGCCCAUGAAGACAGACCAGUCCGAGCAGGACAGCAAUACUGGACCCAUCUACCCUAGACCAAUGUACCACUACGAGACGAGCGGCGCGGUGGCGGGCGUCGGCGGCGUGAGCGCGAUGGGCCCGGGGGUGCCGCCCGGCUUCUCCGCCAUCAACUUGUCGGUGAAGAUCGCGGCGGCGCAGGCGCAGCGGCCGCGGAGCCCCACGCCGAGGGACCCCCGCGACCCUCGCCCGGCCAUCGACCUCUCCACGUCUAGUGGGAGUCCACAGGGUCCAUACGCAUCGCCGGUGUACACGAGCGCAGGUGGCGGCAGCGGCGGCGGCGCGCGGGGCAGCCCGCAGCCCGGGUCCAGCCCGCAGCUCACCGCCAGCCCGCAGGUGCCCAGCCCGCAGGGACAGACCCUCGACCUCAGCGUCUCGCGACUACAACACAGUCGAGGUUUCCCCGGCGGAGUGUCCUACAGUCGGGAGUCGACGCCGGACAGCGGUGGAAGCCAUCCGUAUCUAGAAGCCUACCAUCGAGACGCCGCCGGUUACGGCGGGGUAUCCCCACACCCAGUGGCGGGCUACGGGCUCGCCCAGCCGGACUACGCGGCGGCGGCGGCGGCUGCCGGCUACGGCGGCUACCAGUACCAGUGCGGCGCCUACCCGCCGCCGCCCGCCUACCCUCCGCACGCGCCGCCCUACUCGCCGCCCUGCUACAUGCCGCCGCCCCACGCGCCCCACGACAAGCCUAAAGAUAGCAGUCUGUUUAUGUGCAGCCUGUCGGGGUGUCCGCGCGCGGACCGCUCGCAGCUGCAGCCGCACUCGCAGGAGCUCAAGUGUCCGACACCCGGGUGUGACGGCUCCGGACACGUCACCGGCAACUACUCGUCGCACCGCUCGCUGUCCGGCUGCCCCCGGGCCAACAAGCCCAAGAGCAAGCCCAGGGAUGGACAGGACUCCGAACCACUCAGAUGCCCUAUACCGGGCUGUGAUGGAUCUGGCCACGCUACAGGGAAAUUCUUAUCGCAUCGAAGCGCGUCGGGUUGUCCGAUCGCGAACCGCAACAAGAUGCGGGUUCUGGAGAGUGGAGGGACGGUUGAGCAGCACAAAGCGGCGGUGGCGGCGGCGGCGUCGGCCAUCAAAUUCGACGGCGUCAACUGCCCCACCCCCGGGUGUGACGGAUCAGGUCACAUCAACGGGUCAUUCCUCACGCACCGCUCCCUGUCCGGGUGUCCCAUAGCCGGCGCCGCCACGCCCACCCCGCAGCCCAAGAAGGCCAAAUACCCGGAUGAUAUCACUCCGCUGUACCCCAAACCUUAUUCAGGCAUGGAGAUGAACAUGCAGACCGGCAACGGCGAGGACCUGAUGACGCUGGAGCAGGAGAUCACGGAGCUGCAGCGCGAGAACGCACGCGUCGAGUCGCAGAUGAUGCGGCUCAAGUCCGACAUCAACGCCAUGGAGACCCACCUCAGCCAUGGAGAAAGGACUGAUGGGGAUGGUUUGUUGCAGGAGAACCAGUUGAUAUCGCAGCGCAAUAACAACCUGAACGAAUACUAUGAGAGUCUGCGGAACAACGUGAUAACGCUGUUGGAGCACGUGCGCAUCCCGGGCGGAGGCUCGGCGCCGGGGGGGGCCGCCGGGCCGCCCGCGCCGCCGCUGCCGCCGCCGCCGCCCGGCGACAAGCCCGCGCACGACAACUUCGACUCCUACCUCACCAAGCUACAGAACCUGUGUUCCCCCGACGGCUACUGCCCUGACGAGAACCGGCCUCUCUACGAGACAGUCAAGAAUGCGCUGCAAGACUUCACGGUCCUGCCGACGCCCAUUUAAGGCUCACAGAGCGCCGCCGAGCCGGAGCGACAGUGAACUCUGUGCAGUGUGAGCACAUCGGCGGAGCUUAUUCGACUACUUAGCUGUUAAAGACAUCAGUGUUUUAGUGUAACUGACGCUUUGAAAGUGCGACGUGUAGGUCUCAAUUUAUUAUGCCAAAGACUACUUAAUGUUUGAGUCACUGACUGAUAACUUAAUUCGGUUCGUAUUAAGCGUGUACAGUGUACCUAUCGCCUGAACGAGAUAUUUGGACAAUCUGUGUUCUGUAUAGGUGGAGAUGUCUGUUUUGUAAACCGUUGUAUACGAUGUGUGACUUCAUUAGGACAUCGCGUCAACAAACGAAGAUUUACUAAUAUUUAAUAAGGAGGACUAAACUAGACAUAAAUUUUAAAACUGUUACUUGUAUUUGCAUAUAAACUGAAUGUACUGCUAGGGAAGGUGUAUACUACGUAUGAAGCGAUACGAUUUUAGCCCCACGAGACCUAUCAAUUUCAAUAUGUAAAUACUGUAACGUACAUAGAUAAAUAUCGAAUAAUUUUAAUCACCGGUUACCCUGAGGUAGCCGCGAAAUAGGGAAAAUUAUUGAAAUUAGGUAAGGACACUGAACAGAAUCAACCACAAAAGAGAAGGGGUGAUUGUUUAUCAUGUAACUGGGGAAGUGCCAAAUGCUUGAAUCAAAACGACACGCAUUACCUGCUCAAGUGCUAACUGUAUUAUUAAUAACCAACUUAAUUAUGCGAUGGUCUACAAUUUUACAGUAAAGUUGCACACGCCAUAUGUUUUCAUAAGUAAACGAGGGUACGAUAGUUUUAAGACAAACUAUUGCAGAAAAUCAAUCGUUAAUUAAUUAUCUUCCUCAAAGGACCUCUAGUCAGUUUUGUAAAUAAUAAUGUGAAUAACUAUUUCCUGUGCGUCGACAAGACGUUUUUAUUUAUACUAGGGAAUAAUAAGAUCUCACUAGGUCAUGUAAGUUAAUUCAGUAAUGAUAAUUUAGAUAUAAAAAAAACAUUAUUUGUUAGCCAAUGUUCACUUGCUGUGAUUAUGUUACGUGUUAUUGUUUUAUUGUUACCUGUACAGGAUUGUGAUAGCUUAAACAAUGCGAACAAUGUUAAUUUACAAUGGAAUCCUUGAUUGGUUCGCUUUAGAAAUUAUGUUUUGACUCGUGAGUAGUGGAAGUCGUUUUUGUUUUUCGUAAUAAACUUAAUUUUCACUGGUAGUAACAAAAUUGUUACACAUUGGUUCACAAAAAAAUAAUAACAUAUACUUACGCAUUUAAAUACUACCUAAUAAUAUGUUACUAUGCUGAUUGUCAUAUACGUUUCUGUAAAAUAUUGAGUAUGUGUUGUUAAAAGAAUAAAAAUAAUAAAUACCAAGA